AUGCUGGAGCUCUGCUUCACGCGGUUAUGGCUGACUAGAACCCAUGAAGCCACCGUCAACGUCUCCCAAGAGUUGUGCAAGAACUACCCCAUUGAAGAGCAAGCGCGACCUGCCAAGUUCUUCUCCGUUGCCCUCCCUACCAUGACUCUCGUGGUUGUGCUCCUUCGAUGUGUUGCCCGCAUACAAGUCGCCAGUCGGUUAUGGUGGGACGACGGUGCGGCUUUGAUGGCUAUGAUCAUCUAUGUGUUGCAAAUGCUCUACAUAUUUGUGCAAGGAUUUGCCAAAAUCUCCAUCGCCUGCUUCUACUAUCGCGUCUUCACCGGCAAAACCUUCCGACUCAAGACCAAUAUCUUCUUGAUCUUUCUCACCACGCGCAGCCUUCUGUUCUUACUUCUCAUCAUCUUUCAAUGCACCCCGAUCCAGUCUAUCUGGAACCGGGCUAUCCCGAGCCAGUGCCUCAAUAUCUCGGCUAUUAGCUACGGCGGUGCGGCCUGCAGCAUUCUCGAGGACAUUGUCCUUAUUGCCCUCCCCGUUCCGGAGCUUAUGAGGCUCCAGCUAGACAAGAAGAAGAAGGCUGCUUUGUUCGGCAUGUUCGCCCUAGGCUCCUUUGCAUGUGUUGCCAGCAUGAUCCGACUCAAACAGCUGGUCUCCUUUGCUCACACAUUCGACCCUACGUGGGAUUACGUCGGCGUCAUAGACUGGUCCUGUGCUGAGCUCAACGCAGCCGUCAUGUGCAGUAGUCUCCCAGCCCUCCGGCCGCUUUUCGUGAAAGCGCUGGUCCUCGUGUCUUCACGGACAUGGAGCAGCAGGCCCACGUCCGCUGGCGACAAGACUCACCAGCAACAGCAACGGCAUGGUUUCGCAAUGGCCAACAUUGGCUCACACCCCUCGAGAUCUCACCAGGCCAGCGCCCAGUCGUGGCCCAAGGACGCGGCCCAGAAGCCCGUCAGGCUCGAUUCGCUUGAGAUAGAGUCCUCGGCGCCGAGUGAGGGGAAGUCAUCCCACUAUUACUUGGAGACGGCGAUCGAGCGGAAUGGUAGCGACUUGGACAGCGAUCCGUGGUCCGCGAGUGCCGCCUCGACAACGUUUAAUGAGGGGCAGAUGAAAGAUUCGAGCCUUGGAAAAUAG